AAUCUAUGAUGUCGAAUUUUCACUAUCUUUUCUAGUUUACGAGAUCUAAACGGGAAAGACAACAAAAAACACAAACAGCCAUGCUAGAUCUAUAUUAAAAAAAACACUAGAUCUAGGUAAAAAUUACGGGGGUAAUUACGUAGACCCUCUAUAUUAAUAUUGCCGACACAGUUUGACACAAUCCUGAUCUAAGUCACAGGCCCAGGGACAAGUCUUGGUUCAACCCUGUUUGAGUAAUUGACCCUUCUGAAAGGAAUCCAAGGAAAUGUUUUGCAUCUGUUUCCUGGGCCUCAUAUUGCAAGACUAUCAUGGCUAUCAAGAAGGCAGAGAACCCUGAGGAAAGACUGACAUUUUUCUUCUUUGGACCUCAGCAACCGUGUGAGUGUCUGGCAUAAUAUGGCCCCUUGAGGAUCAGCGUGUGCAUUGUGACAGGACUAUUGGGGCUGUCUUACAUCUCCUCCAAUGCGAUGAACAAGAAAAUCACACACCAUGGCCUGUAUUAAACAGCUUAUUAAGUUUGUAAAGCUUUUGCUUAUCGCGGUACGCUUUACUCUAAGCUCAACUGAUUUGCCAUGUGAUGCUUAUUGUUUUAAAGGAAGCUUCUGUAAAGGCCAAGAUUGUAUACCUUGUCCAUAUGGGACUUUCAUAUCACAAGAUGGCCAUACUUUCACAGUUUGUAAAAGGUGGACCACAAUGUCUGGACCUAAUAUCAUUCAGAUUACACCAGGUUCUGAGAGUAGAGAUAUAGUGUGGGGAUGUGAAACUGGAUACAUCAAACAUGAUAUCAAUGCCGCUGAAUGGGACUGCAUCAAGGCCCCCACAACCACCACAACCACUACAAUAACCACAUCUACAUCUACGUCAAUCUCAACUACAAUCAAGCCAACAAUGGCAACAGUUCCAGUGGGCAGCUCUCAGGAGUUAGAAACUCCUUAUAUAGCUGCAAUAGCAAUUGGAUGUAGUGUCAUUAUAAUAGCAGCAAUAAUUAUAUACCUGUAUAUUAGAUAUUGUAGGAGACGUCCUAAUAAUACUGAUCGAUCUGGUGAAGUAAGAUACCAUAGACCUCCAAAUGCUACUGUGCCUGAUAAAGAUUUACUUGACCUGUUCUCAGAAAUUGAGAGAGUUUUGAGCAAAGAUGAUAUCAUUAGGUUAAUUGACUAUUUACAUGAUCCCAAUGGCAAGAUCAUUAAACAGAAAGAAUCACAAAAGGCUUUGAUAAGCUGGGCAAAUGGAUAUCCUGAAUUUGAUCACCCAUCAUUGAUCAGGGACACACUUUCUAGAAUAGGCAUUGAAUUGCCUUUAAACUCAAGUGAGAUUAAUUCUUUGACUCUAGCUGAUGGUUUAUUUAAAGCAGAUAGACUUAAUAAUGCAUUUAAAAAUUUCUGUGGAGAAAUGUGCACUUGGCUAGGCAUGGAUGCUGAAAAAUUAGCUAUACUUUUAAAUCUCAAAAAUCAAUUAGAUAUCCAAAAAUCUUCAAAAAACUUUGAGUUGGCGUUCACUGUUUGCAUGGGAAAGUGGGCUUUUGGACAUCCAUUUAGGUACACAGAAAAUGAUAGAGAAUGGGAGCCCUUGACUAUUGUAAGGAGAAAACUGAUUGAAAUGGAAAGGAAUGAUAUUGUGGAAGAUCUGCCAACACUUACUUCUUGUGUUUAUACAGCAAUGGAGAAUUACAACUCACAGAGCUAUCAAAAUGGCGCCACCAAUAUUGUAUAGCAUAGUACUAUAUAGUAAUAGUUAUUUAAAAAUAUGCUUAUUGACAUAUGAAGGAUAUUAUGUAUUUUUAAAUAUUUGUAUAUAUACUUACCUGCUGGUCGCAACUGCACUCUUCCUUAAUCUUCGAAAUCAAAGACAUUGCAAUUAUUAUUAUUAUGUAUACUUACAUAUAUUUUAGGGCAGCGGUAGUUGUGUCAAAAAGGACCAUGCCCAACCUUAAUUUUCUAUCUUAUAGUCAUGAAAAGAAUACAAUAAUUGCCUUUUUUUUUUUUUUUUGUAAAAAUGUUUAUUGAUAAUUUCAACUUGUCCCUAAUCAGAAUUAAAGGCCAGUUCCUAAAGGCCCUGUAUUAAUUUUUAUUGUAAAAGCAUACAAUUUGUCACUUCCUUUGUUUACCAAGUGAAUUAAGCCACCUAACAAGUAGCAUUUCGGAUUAAAUUUAUGGAUUGUGGGAACUCAUGUACUGGCUCUAAUCCUAAAAUGUUGUCUUCAUUACAUUUUUGAUAGAUGCCUAUUUUUGUUCACUUUAAGUGCAUCAUAUCAUCUACAGGCUGCAUACUAGACAUAGACAUUCUCACCUGGUUAGUGUCACGAGUCGAGUCUGUGACCUAUUUCGACCAAGUUCUAGAAGCGAGGUCAAACCAGUGCAAGUGUUCAGCGUAAACAAGUUAAUUUUAGGUAUCCAAUCAAAGAAAGAGGUUAAGGAAAAAAAUAGCAUAUGUCAGCUUCUAGAAGGUCAAAGUUUCUAAAAUAAUUAUUUGAGAAGUUUCCAUGAUUCUGGAAUGUACGAUUGAAAAAGUAUAAAUUAGGGGAAAGUCAGACAGGGUCCUCGCAUAGUAGUGGUUCUUGUAGAGCGAUGGUCCUUGCUUGGUCCUCGCUUAGUCCUCACUUAGUAAUAGUUUGGUAGAGUAGUAUUAGCGGGUCUAUUAAUUAAAGUUUUAUUAGUUGAAGUAAUAUUAUUAGUUGAAGCUGAAUGUUAUACUAAGUGAAGUUGCAUAUAUCUUUAAGUUUUAUUUAUGAAGUAUCAAGUCAAGUUGUUAUUGAAUUGAGAAGUUAAUUUUAUGUUAAAAUUUGAAGAAGUAUUAUUAAAGAAGUUUGGAAGAAAAUACAGAGAGAUGUAUCUUCACUUCAUUGGAUUAUCAAGUUUGAUAAUAUAAUCCCCGGCAAAUGUGAUUGUCACAGUUAGGUCCUUUUGUCUUGUAUUGGGAUUAGACAUUUUUCACUAAGUAGAGAGUAAAUAAUCAUUCAACAUUAAAUGGCAAUAUGUCACACUAAUAAAUGAGUUUUUUUUUAAUUUGUAAGCUUAAUGACUUCUAAAUUAAAAACAAAAUUACAAAGAAUUGUACUGUUUAAAUGUGCUACAUACUUUGCAUAACACUGUCAAGGACUUUCUGGUUUCUCAUUGAUCCUUUCAUGUUAAAAAACCCCCACACAUAUCUAAUUGGUGCAGAUAUUUAUUACAUUUUUUCCUUAUCUAAUGCCAUUAUUUAAGUAGAACAAAGUGCAUGGGAAAGUUUUUUUUUCAAUUUUAACUUUGUAUAAUACAAUAUAAAGUUAACUUUUCAUUGAAUGACCCUGGUAUUACUACAAUAAUGCAAUGAUCCUCAAAUAGUUCAUACUUAAGGCUGUAAUUUUUUCAAACAUUCAAAAAGUGUAACAUUAGUGUAAAAUUUCUCUUUAUUUGUCUGAAUACUAAAGUUUGAUGAUAGCCUGUGUCAUUUCUUAGUAGUGAGAUGUAUUGGAAUAUUUCCUAGUGCAAUAUUGAUUUGUGAGUUAUUCUUUUUUUUUAUUUUCUAUAUACCCUCUAUACUUUUUAAUAUUAUUUGUUUCAUAUGUUACAGUAUUGAUUUACUACAAUAUGACUCAUUUAAUUUGUAAAUAAAAUAAAUGCUAACAUAAAAUAGGAUAUAUGCAAAAGAAUCAACUUUUUUUUGUUCUUAUCCUGAGAGCUCUUGCUACAAGUAUUCAUUAGACAAGGAUGCUUAUUUGUAUACAUAUUGUUACAUUUCUUGUUAUUUAUAUUUUUAAAUUGUUAGUGGUUGCUCUCUGUCAUAUAUUUUCUGGUUUAUAUACAUUUUUGGCCUUUACAGUGAAAUUUUACAUUUAGACUUCAAUUUCUUAAUAAAACAUGUUUAAAAAAAUGAACAACCAAAAAAAAAAAAGGCAAUUUUUACUCAGCUUUCUAAAAUAUUUCUUUGAUAUUGUUUAUAGAUCUGUGUAUAAAUGUAUACCGGUACACACAUUGUUUAAAUGCAUUUUGUAUUUAUGCCAUUCACUAUUUGAUCUUGUAAUCUUUUUUUAUAAUCUUUAUGUGUGAUUCAUCAAUUCAUUACAGUUGUGUAUCAGAGUAUGUUUUUCUGUAGUGUAACAAGUUUUUUUUUUAUUAUAAAGUACUUAAUUUUUUUAUUUUUUUUUCAAUUACACAAGUUUUGUCAGUAUUUAAUGUGUUGCAGUUGAACUAAUAUGAAGACAAUGUUAUGUUUUGUAACAUAUAUUCAAAGUUAUCUUGAGGCCUUAUACGUUUUUAUGCGUAUAGUUUGUUAGUGCUAUAACUGGUGUUCAGUUUUGUUAUUAUUACUGGAAGUCAGUAACUGAUGGCUAGUGGAUUAAGUGCUUUGACUAAGCAAAUUAUUUCAAUCACACUAAAGUCUCUGGCCUGUUGGAGGCUACGAGAAUAGCAUUGUUGAAAAGAAUAGUUUCCUUAUCAUAUAUUUAAAAUUGUAUGUGAAAGCCUUUUUUUUUUCCCUCCCCUGGAUUGAGGUUAAAUAAAGAGCCAGAACUUGUCAGAUGCAUGCUUUAGGAAAAAUGGAAUGGCCAGAUCUCCAAAAUCCGCCUCAUCAUAGUACUGGGAUGCGUGGUCGAGAGGCUAAGUAUGCUUGAACUUGGCUUGGCUUAGUUGGGCUACCUAUGAAAGGGUCCUGAAGGUUUGACACCCGACUCGAGAAGAGUUGUGUUUACUGAGCGCUUAAAGUCCCAGAUACCCCCUACUCCCAACUGAUCCACAGAUAAGAUUGGACCAGUAGCGCUAUAUAAAAACUAUAAUAUAAUUUUUUUUUAUUUACUGCUGAUUUUUUUUUUUUUUUUUGUCAGCUGUGAGCUGUAUCUCUUGCUCACUUCUUGGCUCUGCCCUGCAUCGGCAGAAGGUGGAGAGAAGAUCGCCGUGUGUCACAUGACUGUCAAUGACAUAAAAUUGACAUGGGGAGUGGGGGGGUGAGAUGAGUUUUUCUUUGAAAUGGUGUUGUUGAUCAAAAAACUUUUUUUGUUUACUUAUCGAGUACAUUUGUCAGCUAGAUGUACAUCUGCCUGAAUUUUCCUGGUUAUAGGGUGCCAUAAUAAAAAAAAUGCUCAGCCUCUGUUUUCCCAAAUGAUCUCAUGACUUAAGCGGCAACUACUAUCAUGCUGGGAAAAAGCCUAUCAAUAUGAAGUUGGCAAAUAUCAACAUUCCUGCCAACUUCAACAAUCAUUGUUGUUGUUUUACUAAAUACUGAUUGUAUAUAGAUUUAUAUCCUUUACCCAAUUGUGUUGAAGAACAUGUUUGAUUGAUUGACAUUAGGAGUGUAAAACAAGAAUGCUUGCAUGCUGCACACUUUUUUAUGAAAUAAAAUUCUUUUGAUCAAGUU